CGUGACCGGCCCCAGGAAGCGGGGCCGUCCGCGUGGCAGCGGGAAGCGCGGCCUCGGUCGCGGGCGCGGAGGGGCCAGCGUCCAGCCCAGUAGGGCAGUCCCAGACACAGGCGCCAGCCAAGAAACCGACAGUGAGGAUGACGUUCCCCUCAACGCACGCCUGCCGUCCAAGCCGCCCGUCUGCAGGGUGGUCCCGGCUCCCGCUGAUGCAGACAAUCUGCAGCCCCAGGCUGCUGACGAUAAAAUGACGAUAGAGACAGAACCCAGUACAGGAAUCUUAGGAGAGCCCUCACGCAUGACUUUGUCGGGCGAAACAGUGACGCAGGCAACAGUGACUAAUGUGACUCCGCUUCCUAUGGCGCCCGCAACGGCGCCAGUGGAGGUGUUCGUAAUGGAGCCGGCCAAAUUAAAUACACCGGAAUCGGACUGGGUGUCAAUGACCACAGAAACAGACCCUCUAUCGGACGAGCCAGACCCAAUAGUAUCUGAAGCAGAGGCAGCCCCCAGCCAGAAAAAGGUCGAGAAACCCAUGAUUGAGGUACCGCCGAUGGCCAUGGAGUCAAUCGAACCACCAAAGAAAAUAUUUGCGCUUGAAGUGCCGUCGGAGGGACGUGCUCCAGAGGACUUGUCUCGUCGGGGGCUGCCCGGGGACGUGCUUCGCGAGGACACGGCGAGAGUGGCGCCAGUCCCCAGUGAGAAACUUGAAGGCCGGGGAGUGCAAGUGGUCCAAGUGGACCCGAACCGGCAGCCGACGCCGUCCCUGCCCGCGGCGUCGUCCGCGGAGGCGUCCGUGCCGACGAUGGCCUUGCCGUCGUUCUCCACGCUCAAGACGACGCCAUGCCUUCCUCUCACGACGUCGUCGCCGCCUUCUGCAGCGUUCGCCCAUUCCAGGAUGUCGUCGUCCCCCUUAGCGCCGAGCUCGUCGCCGACGCCACCCUUGCAAUCCAUCGCUUUGCUGGUGGCGUCUAUACCCAGGCCGGCAUCCACCCCGUCCGUGGUGGUGAAUCUAUCCAAGCCGUCGUCCACCUCAACCAGACCGUCUUCAACCCCAUCCCUGGCGGUGCCUCUAUCCAGGGCGUCUUCAACACCUUCUGUAGUGGUGAAUCUAUCUAAGCCGUUGUCCACACCGUCUCUGGCGGUGCCUCUAUGCAGACCGCCUUCAAUCCCUUCUGUGGCGGUGCCUCUGGUCAGGCCGUCUACGAUCCCCUCUGUGGUGGUGACUCUUGCCAGGCCGGCUUCAACUCCAUCUCUGGCGGUGCCUCUAUCCAAGCCGUCUUCAGCCCCUUCUGUGGCCAGGCCGGCGUCCACCCCGGCGGUGGUCUUGCCCAGGUCGUCGCCUGCCUCAUCGGCGCCGUCCUUGCCCGUGGCGCGCACCGGCAAGAUGAGGGCGUCGUGCAUCCACCUGGCGCCCACCUCCUUGACGUCAGCGUCCGUCGCGCCGAUGGUGGCGUACUCGGCCGUGGCCAGUGCGGCCACCCCACCCAUGGCGAAGUCCUCGGCCCUCCCCUUGGUGCCCACCUCGUCGACGGCGUCCUUGGCCGCGGCGGUGGCACCCCUGCACUGCAAGUCUGUGGUGUCGACAGACAUGCCCUUAUCGCUCACGUCGGCCGCGGCGUCGUCCCUGCCCCGGCCGUCCCCCGACGUGCCUGCACCGUCAGCGCCCGCAUCGUCAGCGAGCGGCAGCUCCAAGCCGCUGUCUCCGUCGUCGCCCCUCGACUUGAGCUCCUCCAGUGAGCCUGCUCAGUCGGUGCCCCGCAGUCGCAGUCCGGAAGAGGACGCCGUCAAGGACCUGAGUGUGCGAGCCUCGGCGCCUACCGCGACAGCCGCGACAGCGGUGCUGAGCUCCGCGACGCAGCCCGAGCCCGAGCUGCCCCAACUGCUGGACCUGGAGGACGAACUCGGGCCGGUGUCCGCGCGGCCCACCGCACCCGCCGCGCCCGCCGCGCCUUCCGUCAUCGUCCACGUCAAGAAGAACCUGUCCGAGGCCAUCACCCCCCUGACCAAGGUGGCGCAGGUGGCCCCCAGGCAGCCCAUGGGUCCGCCGGCGCCCUGGCGGCCGCGGUGGCACGCGCCGCAGACGCAGCCCUCGCGGCCCUCGCCGUCAGCCAGCCCCAGCCCCGCCGCGCCCUGGGAGCCCAGCAUCGGCGUGCACGAGGGCACGUGGGGCGAGACGCUGCAUGCGUGCGAUGACUGCGGGCUGGCCCUGGACACGGAGCAAGACAAGCUGCGCCACCGCCUGCAGCACCACGCCACGGGCAACAAGCGCCCCUGUGGCCAGUGCAGUACUGUGUCGUGGUCCCAAACCCAGAAUGAGUUGCACACCGCCCUUGCACACCCCUCCCCAGUCCUGGAGGAGUUCCGCUGCCCUGACUGUGCUGCCUGCUUCCCCUCUGACGUCAUGCUCACUCUGCACCUGUCCUCGGUUCGCGACAAACUCCACGCCCCAAGACAUGAUACCUGCCUUGCCUGCCCUAUUUGCAACAACAAGGUAGGUUCCCCAGCCAGCAUGACCAAGCACAUAAAAGCGGCGCACGCCGACGCGACGCCCUUCCAGUGUGACGACCGGGGCUGCGGCAUGUCGUACGCCAGCCCCCUGGAGCUGCAGAGGCACCGCAGAAUGCACGUGAGGGAGAACUCGCAGCAGCGCUGCCUGGCCUGCUCCCUGCCCUUCGUCACCAAGGAGCUGCUGGACAUCCACUGGAACCAGGCGCACCCCGCCCCGCACCACUUCGUCUGCCCCCUGUGCAACAAGGGCUUCAGCACGUACCUUAGCAUCGCGGGUCACGUCAAGAGGGGACACCCAGGGACCAAGCCCUACAUGUGCCGCGAGCCAAACUGCGGCCGCACCUUCGCGAGCCCCAGCGAGCUGCACGAGCACACCAGCGAGAGUCGCCACAUGUCCUUGCCCUUGCCCGUCAUUAAGAGGCACCGGGCUGCUCCGGCGAGCCUGCAGCAGGGCCAGCAGCAGGGCCAGCAGCAGGGCCAGCAGCAGGGCCAGCACCCCGCCAGCACCGCCAGCGGCUGCUCCUGUUCGGCCUGUCCCCGCACCUUCCCAGACAGCUGGAGCCUCAUGGACCACCAGGACUCGGCGCACAUGGGGCUGGUGCCCAUUACCCAGGUGGCGCACUUGCUGUCUUUGGCCAGGGACGCCGCUCUGCUCAAGGCCGCCGCCACUCCGGCCGAGCCGCCCCGCCAGGGCCAGAUUCAGGUCCAGGGCCAGGUUCAGGGCCAAAUCCAGAGUCAAGUCCAAAGCCAGAUGCAGGGCCAAGUCCAGGGUCAGCGAAGCCAGGCAGUGCCGCCAUACCACCCCGCUGGCACCUCUCUGCCCCCCGGCUCCUUCACCGCUUCCUUUGUGCCCAGUGCCUCCUCUCCCUUCGCUCCCUUGAGCACCUACCCUGCUCCGCCUGCCCCCCACGUGCCAACUUCCUCCCCAUUUAUUGCUCCCACUUCAAGUUCUUUCCACCAAUCUUUCAUCCCGGCCACAAACUCCUCCUGCCCUUCUUCAUCAUCUACUUUUUCCUCGACUCAAUCACUACCCCAUGCCUCUUCGUCCUAUCCCAUAUUCAUCUACGUAUCCCUCUGUUGCGCCACCUCAUCAGCCCCCUGCCCAUACGCAGCGUGCUCAGCUGCCUUCCUGUAUAUCAGUAUAUUAUAAUCCCCUUGAUUAUGCCUGAAGCACUUGAUUACUUUACAACUACAGUUGUAUGAUAGAUUUAUUGUUUGCAUUUUAAUGCAUUUGAUUUUGAUAGAUCUCUUUUUUUUUUACCUCAGUCGAAAGGAAUGUCACGUGACAUUCAAUGUGUGAAUAACUAAUGUAUUUAUGAUAUUUAAAUGACAUCCCUCUACUUAAAAGCUGUGUCUCCCAUUGAAGGGUAUUUAAUUUUUCAGUGAUUUUUUUCUUCUUGUUCUUAUGAGAAUUGUACAAGAAAUAUGCACUGUUUUUUUGCAAGUUAACACCAGCAUGUACAAACUUAUUAUCUUAGGCAUGUAUUAUAAAUAUUAUUUGUCUGGCCAAAGCACUUUUCUUGUCUUAAUUCAAUGUUAACUCAAGAUCAAAGUCUUAAUUUCGUCUUUAUCUGUAUUUCACUCUGUUUGUACCUGUUAGAUUGUAUGUUAUUGUAUUGAACAAUAAAGGACAUUUUGCGUACA